CAACAAGCAGCUAAACUCCCCAACCUGACACCUCACUCUCCUGCAACCGCUCUGCUUCCGGUCCCCAGUGCCAUGGCCUUCACCCUGUCAGAGAUUAUGGCAGCAAGGCGGCAGCAGUCCCAGACUCAGUCACACGCCCAGCGUGGCAGCAGGACUGCGGUGGAAGUGGAUGAGUAUAGCACCAACCCCACUCAGGCUUUCACCUUCUACAACAUCAACCAGGGACGCUUCCAGCCGCCACACGUCCACAUGGUGGACCCGAUGCCCCAUGACACGCCCAAGCCUCCGGGCUACACUCGCUUCGUGUGCAUCUCAGACACUCACUCCCGCACUGAUGCCAUCCAGAUGCCGUACGGGGACGUGUUCAUCCAUGCUGGAGACUUCACUGAGCUGGGACUGCCCUCUGAGGUCAAGAAGUUCAACGACUGGCUAGGUACCCUGCCCUACGACAUCAAGAUAGUAAUCGCUGGAAACCACGAGUUGACCUUUGACCAGGAGUUUAUGGCUGACCUGAUCAAGCAGGACUUCUACUACUUCCCCUCUGCCUCCAAGCUGAAGCCGGAGAAUUAUGAGAACGUCCAGUCUCUGCUCACCAACUGCAUCUACCUGCAAGAUUCUGAGGUCACAGUGCGGGGCUUCCGGAUCUACGGCUCUCCAUGGCAGCCCUGGUACUAUGGCUGGGGCUUCAACCUGCCACGAGGUCAGGCUCUGCUGGACAAGUGGAACCAGAUCCCCGACAACACAGACAUUCUGGUCACACACUGCCCCCCACUGGGUUUCCUGGACUGGGUCCCGAAAAAGAUGCAGCGUGUCGGGUGCAUGGAGCUGCUCAACACAGUCCAGAGAAGAGUCCAGCCCAAAUUACAUGUGUUCGGUCACAUUCAUGAAGGUUACGGCAUGAUGACUGAUGGCACCACGAAUUUCAUCAACGCCUCAGCCUGCACUGUCAACUUCUUGCCCAUGAACCCGCCCAUCGUCUUUGACCUUCCAAACCCCAGGACCACAUGACUAGAGAAAGCUCAGCCCCAAACAUAUACAGCCAAUCAGGAGAAAGGGGCCAGGAAAGGUAGGUGAGGUCUGGGGCCAGAACGCACUGAAUUCUGUAAAUACAACACAGGCGUUAAUGUGACACAUGUAGUACACGCCUAAGUGAGGGAUGGACGCUCCCUCGCGCUUGUUAUUUUAUGUGCCAUUAUUUCUUCAUCUCAGUACUGAGUCUAAAAACAAUGGACGAGCGGAGAGACGCUUUUACAAAUGGACAAAUGGACAUUUCUCUGUUUCCUCUUUUACUGCACUGACAAUCUGAUGUGGCUCUCAGAGAGACAAAGGAGACACCCCAAUGCCAUUUAAAUGUACUGUAAACAUUUGAACUUAAGUGAAACAACGCCAAGUCUAAAGGAGAGUUUUGGCUAAGCCACAUUUGCCCGAUGGAUUUUAACAGACAGGUAUCAGGUGCUACAUGCUAACACUAGACAGUCAUGCUAACUCAGCAGGGGUGGUUGUUUCACGGAUACUCCCUCGUGUUAUUUGUGGGAGAGAGAGAGAACAUUAUUUUAUCCUUUUUCAAGAGGAGUAAAACUGUAACUACAUGUACUGUAACUGGUCUUUGUAAAUGUUCUCUGCCAAUGUAAAGAAAAAAAACUUUCCGAGUUGUUGCUAUGCUUUUCAGAAAAAAUGUGUUAAUAUUUGUGUCCAGAAAUGUGUGCAUUUCAUUUGGUUUAUUUCUUAGAAAUGUAAAUGCUUAUUAUGGUGUUUUCUUCUCUCCAUUUGGUGAUUAUCAACUCUUUCACGUCCCUUAGCAGUUUGUCUGUGUUUUGAAAAAAAAGAGCUCUUCCUUUUUCCCCCUUUGCUCUAUUUUCUGGAUACGUUGGUCUAAGCAAGUCUGAAUGUGCGUAGCAUAACAAGACCACGUCACGCUUUGAUCUCCCUGCUCUCCGACAUUAUGUUGGAACGUUCCCUGGGGCUGCAGUUUACUCCAGCUUCACUCUUGCUUCUUUAGCACAUCAGUGUUCAUUGUGCCGGCUGAUGUCUUAAUGUUUCCAAAUGGGCAAAAGGGAAAAGAGCGGCGGAAUCACAUGUCUGUGGAUAAUGAUGGGAGGUGCGUGCACAUUGAAGCCUGAGUGUCUGUAUGUGUUAUGCUAAUGUUAUGUGGAGCAAUUUCAAAGUCUGUCAUUUUGCCUAUCCUCAUAUCUUCAAGGGACAUGUUUAGGGUUAGGACUAGGUUUAGAAUUUAGAUUAUGUUUAAAGCACAGAGUGUUGAAAGUAUGCAGCUUAAUAAAACACAGGUAAAUUACCAAAACACAAGCAAAUAGAGAAAUCAUAUUUGACAAUGUAACAGAAUACACUUGAAAGUCCUUUAACAUAUAGAAGAUGUUGGUCUGUCAUUUGAGGGUCUGAUAACACUUCAGAAUAAAACCAUUUGGAUAAAUGAUUUUCUUUGAACUUUCUCAAGAUAUUGUAACACCUAGAUGAUUGUAAUCUUAACUUUCCUUAACCUAACUUUCCAACUCCAUUGAUGGAUAUUCAACAUCAAAAACUCAAAUGUGUUUAUUAUUAUGUAUUUGCUGCCCUUUUCUAAAUGUGGUAAAUGUCAAAUUGGUGAAUACAGCACUAAAUCUAUUCUCUGUUACCUUGUGGGCAUAAAACAAAUAUCUCCAACAAGUGAAAUACUUUAUCUAUGGUAGUUAGGUGUAUGUAAAGAUACAGCUUAUGCUGGCAUUACUGUCGGGGCAGGUUCCACUAGUUACUAAACUGCAAGUGGUAUAAGGUGACAGUGAAGUGUUGACCUCAAAUGACUAAUGUUGUAGCAUGUGCAGACUGGGUAAAAGGGUUUUAGAUUUGAUGGCUAAUAAUGAAUAUUAUGAGCAGACUCAAGAAAGACACAACAGUCAAGAAAGACUUUGCCCAGGUUUUUGAUUUUCUCAAACAGAAGCAUAGCUGGCCAAACAAACAAAGUAAAAAUAUAUUCUGAUAGUGUUACUACUUUGGUCCUAUCGCUGUUAAGCUAAUAUACUUCCUGCAGAAAUUUCACAUUAAAAGCAUACUAGGAAGGUAAAGUUUAUGCCCUUGCAGCUGCUAUAAGGUGUUUGAGAAUGUAUGUUAUAUUGCUGAUAAAAUUGAUCUCUGCUCAACACCUUGACUGUUUAUAACAAACAAUGGCACAAUUUUCUCAGUAGCAAGUGUCCCACUUCACUAACUGGUUUUGUUGGAUCAGAACAACAAGUACUGGCUCUUUGUUGAAUGCUGACAUAAUCAUAAAGAUCAUCAUGAUCCUCUUCAGAGAACCAGGACUUUAGGCACGAAGUGGGGAGACUUUAGAUCAGGGUUGGCAGUAAUAGUUUGAAUGGUUGUGUUUUAGUUUGAAUUAAUACACAAACUUAAUAAAAGUCUAUGAAGUAAAAAUGUUUCAAGAAAAUUAAGGGAACUACUAAAAAGUUUCAUAAAAAGCUGUCUGGCCUGACCGUCCAGUUCCAAUCCUCAUUUAGAUGUCUCACUUUGAUGCUCUUCAGUAGAUGUGUUAUGUGUUUCUGUUUUCUCCAAGGAAAAAAGUGCUGUACUAGUUCUUGAUUUAUUUCUUGAGGCAUGCUUAAAGAAGUUAAUGAUUUCUGCUACUCAGACAAUCUGCAUAUGAAAAGUUUUUUUCCAAAAUGAGAUAUCCACUGUUUGAAAAAUGGCAUGCCUACACAGGCCGAAUGAUUGACAGUUCCAACUUGAAAGCAGACUGUGGUAAUACUUUCUAAAGGACUGUCAGUAACAUGUGUCCUUGGUAACACUUUUUCUUGGCUGGGUCCUCUAUAUUUCAACAAUACUGGAUGGUCAUUAACUUCAGGUCUUUUUUUAAAUGGAAUUAUAGCAUUUUGGAAUUAAAGUGUUCAUAUGGUAUUGUAUUUUGUUAUUGUUGUUGAGGACUUUUACAUUUUUUUAAACUGUAAAACAAGAAAAUGAAGACUCAACAGCUGCAAAAUGUUACUGUGUUGCUCCUGGAGACAAUUCUAAAAAUGUGAAGUACCUUUCUUAAAACCAUGAGGAUUCUGCUGGUUCUGAGAGAUUAUUCACAGAUUGAAUAAAAGCUCAUCUGUGAAAGGUGGAUCAUGCGUCCUUAUUUCCAUCCUCGCUCUUUCCUUUUGUCUCUCCUCUCCUUUAUUUCUUGUUCCAGAGAAAGAAAAUUAGAGGUGGUGAGGAAACUUUUUUCGUCCUGGUUCUUCCCUUUGUUCCAAUCAAAGGUAUCUGUGUCUUGUAUCAAUUAUCGAGCCCAGAGCAGCAAGUUAAUUUCCAGUAGCUAAACCCUCGUCGCUCCUUCUCUGUCUCCCGUUUUGUUCCGCAGGUCUUCCACA